GUUAACGGAUUCGAACGGCUUGUACGCCUACUUUGGAAACCAAAAUCGGUUCAGACGAAAAUCGACAUGGAUUUAUCCCUAGAAAUCUCUUCUGCUCUGCGACUUUUGGGAAAUUCCACGAAUUUUGGUCAGGCUGAAUUCAAGAAAGUCCUCCAGAAAGCCACUGAUGAUUUAAUUAACUCUGGGAAGGUGCCUGUAACAUCUACUGGAAGUGGAGCUUGUGAUGGUACAAUUGCCAGAAGUCAUGCUGCCUUAGCAACUCUUUUCAUUGAGGCUGUGAAAUCAAAUCAGGAUGGAACGAUCGUCACCUCAACCCUGGAGGACUUCAAUUGGCCAGCAGAACGUAUCUCAGAAACAGUCAAAGAACUGGAUUCUUGCAGAGAGAGAAUACGGUCAAAACUUGCAUCAGUUGGCACUUAUCCUCCUCACAUUGUUGAUGUGGACUGGAAGCUGGAUUACCAUGUCCGGGUAAUGAGCAGCGCAGGAGAGGAAGGCGGGGGAGCCUUUUACCUGAUAACACUCCACACGGAAGAGAGUGAUGGCCGACGGGGGAAAGUGACCUUCUCAUGCUCCCUGGCGCAGCUUUCCCACCUGGUCACGCAGCUUCGACAGGCAUCCCGUUGUAUCCAAAAAUAUGCCAAUAACAGUUGAUCAAAUUCCAUAUUUAAUUGUUUUUCUUCUCUGUCUUAUGAUGGUUGCACUUGCUCAGUCAGGAUAAUUUUUGGUGCUUAUGACCUCCACCAUUUGCCUUUAUAAAGAGUAUAUGUUGUAUAUUUAUAUAUAUCCAUGCAAAAGAUAAUCCAAUGUCUUUUGGUAAAAAAAGUGAUUUUCUGAAAAAAAGGUUAUUAUAUUUUGUCAAUUGCAAUGUGUAAUGAUUGGAGAGUUCUAGUUUGAUACAAAAGUUUUUCUAUGAAAUGAUUAAUAUGAUGAGAUUAGUUUUCUACAUUAUUUGUGAGGUAGCUUAUACACACUAAUACUCCAGUUGUUUCUUAAUUGAUAAGUGAUCUUUUGUGUCAGUAUUAUUUAUAAUUUUUUUCCGUGAUUAUGAACAGAUGCCUCACUUUAUAUUCCUGACAUAUACUCAGGGAGAAGGUAUUAUUAUUGAUAUUGUUAUCAUCAUUAUCAUCGUUAUUGUUUUUUUGGAUGAACAUUAUUUCAUUAUUUUGCAUAAUUUUCCCAGUCACAUGGUUCUGAGCUUUGUAAAGUAUCUUUGUAAGUUAACUUGAUAUUCUGUCAGAUAUUUCUCACUAUGUGUGCACUUGUGUUACUCGGCAGUGUGACAAAAUAAAUGUGUCUGUGAUAUGUGAUAAUUCCUUGCUGUAUUGUGGCAUAUAAGCAAGGGAGAAAGUUUGUUUAAUUGGUAUGAAUUCUAGAAUUUUAAAAUGUUCCAAAAGCUCAUACAUGUGCCAAAUAUAGUGAUGUGAUAGUUCCGUUUUCUAUUGUCUCUGUCUCUAGCAAUCCACUUCAUUCAUGUUUAAGGGAGUACAAGCAAGUCCUACUUGAAAAGUCUUCUGUUGCAGUUUUCCUAUAGCUAGUGCCUAUUGUGUAAGCACAUAGUGAUGCCAUAAUGAUUACGAUUUAUUUGAAUAUUAGAUGUAAGAAAAGGAAUAAUUUUUGUUCUCCAUUGCCUUACUUUCUCAUACUUUUAUCCUGCACUAUUCCUCAAGCUAGCCGACUCUCUUCUUGGCACUGCUUAAGUCAUGUAUAUAGUAGGAUGUACUUGUAGAUAUUAGAAUAAGUUUGUGCACCCUGUAUGUCCUAAAUCUUUUAGCUAAAACUCCAGGAAAAGUCUGAAGUAUGUGAAAAGGAACAUAUUAAUCCCCUGACUGCCUUAGGACACAGAAAGUGUACUGACUUUUGUUUAAGGAUCCUUCAAAUGGACUGUUAUCUUAUUUCUUUUAUGGUUUAUAGUUGAUUGUUAUAGCAUGUAGACCUCCAAAAAAUUGCUUAAUUUCUUUUA